GCGCUUGCACUUCCAUCUUGCUCUUGUCCUCGGCGGCGCUCACCUUGAGGAGCCACGUCGCCACUGUAUCUUCUGUCCCACUCGGUCACCGACCACGUCUUCUGCUGAGCGCCCAGGAGCCAGGAAUUGCAAUGCGGCAUUCCUGAGGCUCCUCGACUAUUGAUACCAGAGUCUCCAGCACGCCCCAAUGGUCAAAGGCAAUUCGGAAGCAACGAUGCAUGUCCUCAUCGCCCUGUUCUGGCACUUCGUCGCCUACUUCCAUAGCUGGAAAGGAGCAGCGGCCUUGCUCACAGCAGCUGUACUUGUACGCAAACUCCGACCGCGGCGGUCCACAUCUAGUACGGAAGCGAUAUUGCCGUUGAGGAGAUACGACUGCGAGGGAAACAGUCGUCUCGAAAGCAUACGACUCCUGGACGAGGAUGAUCGGUCACCGUCAGUCGCAGGUCUGUUCGUCUACCCUCUCAAGUCAUGCAAGGGUAUUGAGGUGCCAAUCGCUCGGGUCGGAAAGACGGGAUUCAAAUUCGACCGAUUGUUCGCGUUCGCAGAGUUCAACGAUGGCAGAUGGAAGAUCAUCACGCAAAGGGAGUACCCCAAACUGGCACUGAUUGAGACCGAGCUGUGGGUUCCGGGUCCAUCUCAUACGCAACAGGACGAAGACUCAACUCAUGAAAAGGAAUCUGGUGUCACGCUAUCCCCAGAGGCUUCGCCUGCGAUAGAUCGGGUUCGAGAUGUGAGAGCCAAUGGUGGCUUCCUUUUAGCCCACUUCUCAUUCGAGAACAACACCGUCAUCAUACGAAUACCUCUGUGCCCAACUCCGGAAAGAGCUACCGCCAAGAAAUACCGAACCGAAAGCUUGUCCGUCUGGAUUGAUACUCCCAAAGCCAUCGAUGUGACGAGCGAGAUCAAAUCUUCUAACGUCGAACGCCUGAGGCGUUUCUUGGGCGCGAAGCACUCGCUUGGACUUUUCCGCAUGGAUCAAAGAAACCUCCGAACCAUUACCAGAAGCUUGCCUCGGGAUCUUCCUGAUGAGCACUUUGAGGUUGGUCUCGCAGACGCUUUUCCCGUGCAUCUCAUUAACAUUGCUAGUGUCCGCGAGCUCAACAAGAAUAUGGACUCGGAGGCUGAAGCAGAAGAUCUUCAUAUUGGACGAUUCCGAGCCAACAUUAUCAUCAAUGCAGAUGCCUACGAAGAAGACUUUUGGAAGCGCGUACGCAUUGGAAACACCAUCUACCACGCAGCCUGUCGUACUGCCCGCUGUCCUUUGGCGAACGUCGACCAAGACACUGGAGUCAUGGCCAGACACGAGCCUCUCCGGACGCUCAGGAGGACAAGAGUUGUUGACGAGGGAGCGAAGCCUCAUGCUGUGCUUGGAUUGUCUAUGAUUCCUCUUGGUAGACUUGGACAGGCAAGCAUAUGUGUUGGAGACCAGGUCGAAGUGCUCGAGACGGGCGAGCAUGUUUAUGAGAAAAUGUUUCAAUAAUGGACGGACGACGAUGCAUUUCAGAAACGCGGCACCGUCGAUACAGAUGGUAUUGUAUCAAUUCGACGGAACGAGCGUUUUAAUGGCGGGUUAUGGGAGCCUGUCUCUCUUGAUGGCGUACACUUUCAUCCUCGGAGAGCUUUCACUAGGAACGUGCGGACACUGAUGCACCAUUUUUUUUUUCUUAUCAACCAACAUACAAAAGUUUCAACUUCGG